AUGACGUCACUUCCGGGCCUCUUCCAGAAGACGAUCAUCCAGACCGGAACGGCCCUGUCGAUCUGGGCAGUGAACUACCAGCCAGCCAAGUCCACGCGGGCGCUGGCGGAGCAGCUGGGCUACGGCCCUGGGUCGUCGCCGGGGUCACCGGGGUCAUCGCCGGGGUCGUCACCGGGGUCACCCUCGCCGGGGUCGUGGGACACGUCGGCGCUGGUGCAGUGCCUGCGGGGCGCGGGCUGGCGGGAGGUGUCGCGGCCCCGGGUGCGAGUGGCGGCGGCGGGGGCGUACCACGUGGCGUUCGGGCCGGUGUUGGACGGGGACGUGAUCCCUGAUGACCCGCAGAUCCUCAUGGAGCAGGGCGAGUUCCACAACUACGACGUCAUGCUGGGCGUCAACCAGGGCGAGGGGCUGCGCUUCGUGGACGGCCUCGUUUGGGGCGGGGGCGCGGGUGCGAAUCACGACGGUGAAGACACGGCAGACACGUAUGACGACGACGGCGCAGGUGCAAGUCACGACGUCGACACGGGAAACGCGUACGACGGCGCGGAACGCACGAGUGCGAGUCGCGGCGAGGAUGGGGACGCACGUGCGAAUCACGACGGCGAAAACACGGAACACACGUAUGACGACGAAGGCGAGGACCCGCGCGGCGGCGUGGGGGCCGCCGCGUUCGACCACGCCAUCGCCACGUUCGUCGACCGGCUAUACGGCGGCGGGGACGGCGGGAACGGCGACGGGCGCGCGGCGCUGCGGGAGACGGUGAAGUUCAUGUACACGGACUGGGCGUCGCGGGAGCGCGGGGCAGCGUGGCGGCGGCAGACGCUGGUGGCGCUGUUCACGGACCACCAGUGGGUGGCGCCCGCCGUGGCCACCGCGGACCUGCACGCACGCUAUGGCUCGCCCACGUACUUCUACGCCUUCUGCCACCGCUGCGGGGGUGGGGCCGGGGGCGGGGCCGGGGGUGCAGGGGGCGGGGCCGAGGCCGCGCAGGGCGACAAGGUCCCCUACGUGUUCGGCGUCCCCAUGGCGACCUCGGACGACGCCGACGCCGCCGCCAACGACCUCUUCGCAUGCAACUUCUCCCACGAGGACGUCAUGCUCAGCGCCGUCGUCAUGACCUACUGGACCAACUUCGCCAAGAUGGGGGACCCCAACCGCCCGGUGCCACAGGACACCACGUUCCUCCACACGCGCCCGAACCGGUUCGAGGCGGUGGCCUGGUCCAAGUACGACCCGCGGGAGCAGCUGUACCUGCACAUCGGGCUGCGGCCCCGGGUUCGAGACCACUACCGCGCCGCCAAGGUCGCCUUCUGGCCCGAGCUCGUGACCCACCUGCACGGCCUGCGCGACCUCCUGCAGUACGUCAGCACCACCCCGCGGGCGCCCGGCGGGGACGGUGGCGGGGACACGGCCCACGCCAAAAACACGCGUGACCACGGCGCGGACGCCGCCGACAAGGACGCCCGCCGCGCGCACGGCAAGCCCUGGGCCGCCACGCGGAGGCCCGCGGUCACGGCGGCGAGGGGCGAGCACGGGCUGCGCCCACGCGGGACCCGCGCCCAAGGACACGCCAACCACGCGGAGGACGCCACUGUGCUGAUCGAGACGAAGCGCGACUACGCCACGGAGCUGAGCGUGACGAUCGCGGUCGGCGCCUCGCUGCUGCUGCUCAACGUCCUGGCCUUCGCCGCGCUCUACUACAAGAAGGACCGGCGGCGCCAUGAGACGCACCGGCGGCUGCACGCGGGACACGGGCGCCACGGCCACGGGGUCGGCGGGUUCCCGACGGCGGCGAAAAAAAACGCUGCCGCCGCCACCACCGCCGCCGACUCGGCCCGGCCAGCGCCAUGAUGGCGGCGUGGGCGGAAACGGCGUGGACGCGGCCACGGACGCCACCGCCGCCGCCAUCACGGGGGGGGGGAUCUGCGCAGCCUGCCCGCCCGACUACGCGCUCACGCUGCGGCGCUCGCCCGACGACGUCGCGCUCCUGGCGCCCAGCACCAUCGCCACGGCCACGGCGGGUGGGAUCGGCCUCCGGGAUGCUGGCGUUCAACGCCUUCGUGGGCGGCGUGGGCGGCGGCGGCGGUGGGGGGCAGAGCGGGUCGAACCUGCCGCACGGACACUCGACCACGCGGGUAUAGCGGGCGGGUGGCGGGUUCCGGUUACGUCCACGCGGACUCAUGCGGAGGAGACUCUCGAUUUCCCCCCCACCCGCGGUUUAAUCUCGUUUUUUGGGGGAGGGGCGCGGGUCUCCCCGUUUGCCGAUUUUUUUCGGUCCCGCGUGUGGCGCCCACCGGGAGGGUGUGGACUUUUAUCUUGACACGGACACGCGGACUCUGCUGGGGAAAAAAAAAUCGAUAAAAAAUAUAGACAUGAAAAACUCGUGGGACACGGGAAGCACAGACACGGACGCCGCCGUGGCCGCAGGACUGAAUUCGCGGGAACUUCGUGAACACG